AAAACAUCUAACGAAGAGAACGCAACUUGCCCAACUUAACCUCCUGCUAAUUGUAAAAAAAAUAGUAAUGUUUACGAAACGAAUCUCAGCAUAUUGCAAUUUAUUCCAGCAACUAAAGGCUAGAUUCAGUGCAACAAAAAUGGCAAAAAGCAAGUUUGAAUAUGUGAGAACAUAUGAAAGUGAAGAUUAUCUGCUCCCCAAUUGUUGGAUCGUCGUGCGAAUCGAUGGUAAAGCAUUUCACAAAUUCUCCAAAAAGCACGAUUUUGAAAAGCCCAACGAUCCGAGAGCUUUGCAUUUGAUGAAUAGAGCUGCCAGCAGUGUUCUGAACGAGUACAAAGACAUUCUCAUCGCAUAUGGACAGAGUGAUGAGUAUUCGUUUGUGUUUCGUAAAGACACCACAUUGUACAAUCGCAGAAAAACGAAAAUUACGACUUACAUCAACAGCUUAUUCAGUGCUUCAUAUGUGUACUUUUGGCGAGAAUAUUUCAAGGAUGUGAAACUGAAAUAUCCGCCUUGUUUUGACUCGCGUGUGAUUUUAUAUCCAACGGACGAAACGUUAAGGGACUAUUUGAGCUGGAGGCAGGCAGAUUGCCACAUUAACAACCUUUAUAACACAACAUUUUGGGCCCUUGUUCUUAAAGGGGGCCUUACCAAUGCUGAAGCAGAGCAGAGACUGUGUGGCACUCUUUCGAGUGAUAAAAACGAAAUACUUUUUAGUGAGUUUCAAACUAAUUACAAUAACGAGCCGCAAAUGUACAAGAAAGGCACGAUUUUACUGAAGAAAAAAAUCAUGCAUCCUUUCAAAAAUGAUAAACAUAAAAUUGUAGUGCUGCCAUUACACGAGGACCUUAUUCAAGAUGAUUUUUGGGUAAAAAACAGUGAAUUGUUGAAGCUGAAAUCGGGUGAGCUUUACAGUUUUACGGACUCUGAAAAAAUUCCUGAUCUAGUUUUAAGUCAGUUGCAUAACUUGAGUGUUGCGGAAAAAGACACAGGAAAGCAAUGAAGCAACCGGUUGAUAGUUUUUUAAGUGCACUCAGGGAGGAAAUUGCUUAAAUGUAUGGGCUUCGGCAAGGUGAAAGGUCUGUUUAAUAAAAUUGAAACUUACCGAAUUAAGUCCUACGGGAAAAUGGCCCUUUUAGUUCGAAUUAUCACAUCACUUCACAAGUUUCCUACUUAUAUGUAUGAAUAACUAUUAAAUUAUUACGGAGA